GCAUGCUUCAAUCCGGUGUGCCACGUCACCCUUGGCUGACAACCCCUCAUUAACGUCACGCCGUCUCUUCAUAAUUCAGUUCUCACCUUGGGUUUACCAUCGGGCCUUGAUCUCAUCAUGGUCGAUCAUCCGAAUCGCCCCAUUUCACCACCCUUCCGCAAAGCCCACGACCGUAUUUCUAUCAUGACAUGCCCACUUUGCGUGUCCAUAGAGGUGACUCCCACUUGUUCCACGAUGGAUCUUGAACAAAGUGAGACAUACCGCAAGCAGAUAUUCCACAGACCAUGCUCCAACUGCGAUGCCAAUAAUGGCCUCUCAGAUAGCCUUUGUGAUAUAUGUCAACACAUGCGGCUUGGACACCUUUGUAGCUGCAUAUUCUGGGAGAAGCUCGGAGCCAUCCACACAUUCUACGAGUAUUGUUUCUUGUUCGAAUUCGGAAGGCUAGACGACAUACAUCGUCCCUCUUCGCACUGCGCAAUCUGUCGUGGACUAUUACAGGGAAUGGCCAUGAAUAUAGCCGAUUUUUCUACUCCAGGUGUGAAAGCAGUCCUACGUUUUGAACGGAAGGACAAUAUAUUUCAAGGCAACCGCUUCGCGGUCGACCUUGAGCUAUAUUGUAAGUCAUAUCAUACUUGUGUGAAUUGGAAGAAACCACAAUAAAGAUAGAAGGCAAACACUGUUGCAUAACCUUUCAUUAACCAUAAACCAUGUCAGAUAAAGAAACGUUUGUGGAUUUAUACCGCUUUUUGGGGGUUGUGGAGAAGGGUCCUGGGAAUAAGUUGAACGUGCCUCCGCCAAUGGUAGACUGGGAGAGGAUUUCCACCUGGCUAUACGGUGAUUUGACCAAGGCCGACCGAGCGUCAAAGCCGGCAUUAUUCGCAGGACCCCAGUUCCGAGUCGUUGAUACAAAACAUGGUUGUGUGACGGAAGCUCCGUCGCCGUGCGAAUAUGCCACCCUGAG